UAAUGAGAACCCACCGUUCCCUUACCAAUUCAUGUAAGUAAAGUAUGGAAUUUAAUUUCACUCUGUGUUACCUGAGGCAGCUCUGGCAUCUGAUAAAAAAAAUGAUCUUCACAUUCUUAUCCUCUUCCUUUCUGAAUUUCAUUGAAAUACUGAGAUGUUUCUCUUUUUGUAAAUAAAUGAGGUUGCCCUGCAGAUGGUGGGGUAGAAAGUAGACUAAGAAUUACAUCUUUUGUCUUACGGCCGUUUUUACUCUCAAAGUAUAUUUGUCUCCCUGCUGAAACACUUCUAUUGCUUGUGAUAGGGACUGAAGAUUUGACUGCCAUAAGAGUUCUUCUUUCUGUUUUUCUCUUGAUGAAGAACUUACAUGUUUAUUGUCUGUUCUGGUGCUGUGGAUUGAAAGCACAGCAUGAGCAUGAAUCCUAGAUUUAUUUCUUCAUCAAAGGAAGGAAGGUUCCUUUCUGAUUGUGUAUCAAAAAGCAAUAUGGUAAAAACAGAAAUUUGCAAACACAGGACACCUGUAGGUGAAUGACUGAGAUGCUUACCUGGUGAAACGAUUUUUGACAAGGAUUGUCACUGCCUUGGGAGUGCAGGCAGCAAACAAGAAAUCUGAAGGGGCUCUGACCAGUAUGCAACCAGGCAUCGCUGCACCCCAGGCCACCUUGACUUUGUAAUGGAAAAAGAGAGUCCGUGUUGAGCUACUCAGCAUCUGAUCAAUCACCUGAGUCCACCAGGCUGGCCUUGCAAGAUUCUAUCUCUUACCUUCAUGAAGAGCAAGAAGAAACAGCUGAGGCAUAGGAUGGAGUUAUGCUUGGAGUAAGAGGAUCUAUUAUAAGAGAAAGGCAGAUUGUUACGCUGCAUCAUGCACCAGCAGAAUAGUAUUCCUGCUUUUUUAUGCUACAAAUUGUGAAACAAUGAAUGUCUUAACCAUGUCACAUUGAUAUCAAGUCAUGGGUCACUUGCAAAUGUAAGUUGCCACAAGUGGGCUAUUUUAGCCAAGUAACUGUUUGGAUAUCAAGACUUUAUAUUCCAAUAGUCUGUUUGCUCAGAGAAGUGGAUCAGGGAGGUGAAGUGGACAGCUGGCAUAAUAUAUGGACACUUGAACCUGGAAACGAAAAGACAGCUGCUGGAUCUAAUUUUAAACAUAGGUCUUGGUCAGAUCGCUCUAGAUCCUGCUUGUCCUGCUGCAACAAAGUCGUUAAUGGUAGUAGAGAGGCGUGAAGUUGAAGAUACCGAUAAAGAACUUCUGUGAGGAAGGGAAUCACCCUUGUUCCAGUUAUGGUAUUUCCAUUUUUCACAGUUAGUUCAGAAGUACCGAAAUUGCGGAAGGAAGAUCAGAAAGCACGAAAUGCACUCUUGGCUGAUAUCCAGCAGGGAACUCGCUUAAGAAAAGUGACUCAAAUCAACGACCGCAGUGCACCACAGAUUGAAAAACCCAAAGGAGCUAACAGAGAUGGCGUUAAUCCAGCCGUCAAUAAAGGUGGCUCUCAGCAGCCUUUGGGAGGUUUAUUUGCUGGUGGCUUUCCUGUUCUCAGACCAGCAGGCCAGAGGGACAUGACAGCAGGGAGGCCUGGGCAGGUUUCCGGGGUCCGAGCAGCGGCCCCCAAACACUCUGCCCCAGCGAACAGCGGCGCUGCUAAGCCGAGCAGUAACCCCUCGCACCCAGCCGAAGGUCCAAGGGCAGCUGUGCCACCAGAGCCUCCCAGCACCUCCCGAGCCGCAGCGGGAGCCGGAGCCGGCCCCGGGCGGCCCAGCCUGCCCGCCCCCCCUCCACCGCCUCCCGCUUCCAGCAAACCUUCCCUCACUUUCCCUCCUCCUCCCCCUCUCCCUCCUCCGGCCGAUCGCCCUCCCAAGGCGGUGACACCCGGUGCGGCUCCUCCGCCCCCGCUCCCUCCUCCCCAGGCUGACAAACCCGCCAAGUCUCCAGCAGGCGCUUCACACCCGCCCCAACCGCCCCCUCCUCCUCCUCCUCCCCCUCCGCUGCCCCUCGUUCCCCCCUGCGGGCUGCCGGCCAGGACUGCCGAUGUCCCUGCGGCUACCGCCCCUCCAGCCGAAGGGAGGGACUGUCCCCCUCCCACGCCGCCUCCCCCUCCUCCUCCGCCGCCCCACGCCCACCCGGUGCCCGCGAACAGGCUCUCCUUUCCCCCCUCCCCAGCCUUUAGCGGUGCUGACGUGCCCCCUCCGCUGCCCCCCAAGUCUCCCCACUUGCUGUCACAGUUCCAUAAGCCAAGCAGCAUCCAGUCGCUGCCGCUCCCACCCACCCCCGGCCACGCUCAGCCCGCAGCCGGGACAGAGACCAGGAAGAAGAGACCCGGCCGAGGCGCAGGAACCGGUGCUGGGAAGCUGGUCACACCUCCACAACCACCAGCAAGAUCCCCAACAACUGAACUUACGAGCAAGUCUGGAGUCUCAGCCUGGGCUACAGCUCAUGACCCCUACCCACCACUCAAAAAUGGAAAUAUGCACAUCAUUGAUGACUUUGAAUCUAAAUUUACUUUCCAUUCUGUGGAAGAUUUUCCCCCACCUGAUGAAUUCAAGCCAUUUCAGAAAAUAUAUCCCAGCAAGAUAGCUAGAGAUCCUUCUAAAAAUCCUCCAUUAAGAACAUAUGUGAGAUGAGAAGAGUCUGCUGAUGCUCUCUGGAAGAGUAUUAAAAAAGAACAUCAAGAUAAUAUAUAAAACAGAAGGGGUCCCCAUUGCAGUGAAAGUGAUUGUAUUUGAGUCACAAGUACUGCAAUGUAAACAUUUCUAUGAACUGGAAAAAUGGUGUAAAUGAUACCUUUUUAGCUGGCCUACAUACUACAGGAAUGUUAGUACAGGCUUUUAAAUUAUUGUAAAUAGGUGGAUAUUUUUUAAGCAAAGCAGCAUAAAAUUUAAGUUCUUUGUAGUGUUGAAACAAUUCUCAUUCUUAUCAUGCUGACAAGGUUAUCUCAGAAUGUUUUGCAUUACAUGCCUGUAUUUCUUUUUUCCCCUUUCAUCAUAAUUUUUAAGUAUUUUGGAAAUUCUCCAGUUAUUAUUCAGACAUUUUUUCAAUGAACUGUCAAACUAAUGUACCACCUUUAGUCUGUUUUUAUGUUCCUUCGCUUCUAUCCUGCCUAUCCUCAGAUUGCAGCAGGAUGUCAUUUUCAUGAAGGGACAGGCCCACAAUCCUUCUCUCAUCAAGCAUGAAGAGGAGAUGACAAGGAGCUGUGGCUGCUGUUGAGCCUAUCUCCUACUGAUUACAGAUCCUUAUAGGAUAGUGUCUGAAGAAGACCAGCCUGGGUAGGGUGGUCAUGGAUUUGACAAAGAUGACAGAACUUCUGCAAAGUAGAGGAAAAGAAAGUUGCUAUAUUGUAAGCAAAAAAAAAAAAAAAAG